CGGUGUUCGUAGGGUGCCGAAUUCUACCUUUUUCAUCCAGGCUGGCCAUGGCGGGUCGAGGCGCUCGGCAGCGCCUUAAGGGAAGCGGGAGCAGCGGCGGAGACACGGGCUGGGCCGCGGACAAACUGCGGGAGCUCCUGAGCAGCCGGGAGGCGGGCAGCGCGGAGCCCCGGACCGAGUUAUCUGGGAACAAAGCAGGACAAGUUUGGGCACCUGAAGGAUCUACUGCUUUCAAAUGUUUGCUCUCAGCAAGGUUAUGUGCUGCUCUCUUGAGCAACAUUUCUGACUGUGAUGAAACAUUCAACUACUGGGAACCAACACACUACCUCAUCUAUGGGAAGGGGUUUCAGACAUGGGAAUAUUCCCCAGUUUAUGCCAUUCGCUCCUAUGCUUACUUGUUGCUUCAUGCCUGGCCAGCUGCAUUUCAUGCAAGAAUUCUGCAAACUAAUAAGAUUCUUGUCUUUUACUUUUUACGAUGUCUUCUGGCUUUUGUGAGCUGCAUCUGUGAACUUUACUUUUACAAGGCCGUGUGCAAGAAGUUUGGGCUGCAUGUGAGUCGAAUGAUGCUAGCUUUCUUGGUCCUCAGCACUGGCAUGUUCUGCUCAUCAUCAGCAUUUCUCCCUAGUAGUUUCUGUAUGUAUACUACACUGAUAGCAAUGACUGGCUGGUAUAUGGACAAGACUUCCAUUGCUGUGCUUGGAGUAGCAGCUGGGGCUAUCGUAGGCUGGCCAUUCAGUGUGGCUCUUGGCUUACCUAUUGCCUUUGACUUGCUGGUCAUGAAAUGCAGGUGGAAGAGUUUCUUUCAUUGGUCACUGGUGGCCCUAAUACUCUUUCUGGUGCCUGUAGUGCUCAUCGACAGCUAUUAUUAUGGGAUGUUGGUGAUUGCACCAGUCAACAUUGUUUUGUAUAAUGUCUUUACUUCACAUGGACCUGAUCUUUAUGGUACAGAACCCUGGCAUUUCUAUUUAAUUAAUGGAUUUCUGAAUUUUAAUGUUGUCUUUUCUUUGGCUCUCCUGGUCUUACCACUGACUUCUCUUAUGGAAUACCUACUGCAGAGAUUUCAUGUUCAGAAUUUAGGCCACCCAUAUUGGCUUACCUUGGCUCCAAUGUAUAUCUGGUUUAUAAUUUUCUUCAUCCAGCCCCACAAAGAAGAGAGAUUUCUGUUCCCUGUAUAUCCACUUAUAUGUCUCUGUGGUGCUGUGGCCCUGUCUGCACUUCAGAAAUGUUACCACUUCAUGUUUCAGCGAUACCGCCUAGAGCAUUAUACUGUGACUUCAAAUUGGUUGGCAUUAGGAAUACUGUUCCUGUUUGGACUUUUAUCCUUUUCUCGUUCUGUCGCUCUGUUCAGAGGCUAUCAUGCACCCCUUGAUUUAUAUCCAGAAUUUUACCGAAUUGCUACAGACCCAACCAUUCACACUGUCCCAGAAGGACGACCUGUUAAUGUCUGUGUAGGAAAAGAGUGGUAUCGAUUUCCUAGCAGCUUCCUCCUGCCUGAUAAUUGGCAACUUCAGUUCAUUCCAUCCGAGUUCAGGGGCCAGUUACCAAAACCUUUUGCGGAGGGACCGCUGGCUACCCGGAUUGUUCCUACUGACAUGAACGACCAGAACCUGGAGGAGCCAUCCAGAUAUGUCGACAUCAGUAAAUGCCAUUAUUUAGUGGAUUUGGACACAAUGAGAGAAACACCCCGGGAGCCAAAAUAUUCAUCCAAUAGAGAAGAAUGGAUCAGCUUGGCCUAUAGACCAUUCCUUGAUGCUUCUAGAUCUUCAAAGCUGCUGCGGGCAUUUUAUGUCCCCUUCCUGUCAGAUCAGUAUACAGUGUAUGCAAACUAUAGCAUCCUCAAACCCCGGAAAGCAAAGCAAAUCAGGAAGAAAAGUGGAGGGUAGCAACACGCCUGUGGCCCCAAAGGACAACCAUUUGUUGUUCUAAUGAUUCCACUAACAGGACUCCCUCCAAGUCAUCGUUUGUAACAUUUGUAAUAAAGGCCAUCUGACACC